ACCUACGAAUGUUGAUGUUGAGUGUGACCACUAAUAUUACGACCCAGUGUUUUUCAGUUAGGGGAGCUUAUGUUGGUAGCUCUGAUGAUAGAUCAACACAAUGUAUAACAUGCCAGCAAGUCUGCAAGAUACUUGCAUAGAAUGUAUCUGUGACAACAUAGAGAGACUAUGUGAUGUGCAAAACACACCUACAGAACCCAGGCUGGUGUUCAAGGAGGCUGAUGUCUACUUCCAUAACAAUCUUUCAGACCAACUGUUAGCACGGCUCAAUGAGAAGGGGAGGUUAAAAGAUGACACACUGUCCUUAUUCAAUGGACAGAACACAACCUUACGUAGGGUGAAUAUCAGCUCAGCCCCAGUCACAGUGAAAGGCAUUACAGUGAUGAAGGAACAUAAGAUAUCAGAGUUAAGGGCAAGUGGGAUGAAUUAUGUUAAUAUUAACAAUAUCAUCAGCUGUUUAAGUGACUGGUCACUGACCAACUUACGACUGCUGGAUGUUGGAAAAAGUUCUUUUAUAUUUUCCAAAUAUGGUUUGAUUCUUUAUCUGUCCCGGCUCAAAGGAUUGCAGCAUCUGAAUGUGUCUAGCACCAAGUUUAAUAGACAUGACUUGGAGCUUAUAACACAACAGCUACCUCUGUUAGAGAAGUUGGAUAUAUCUUGUACUCUAGUGAACAAUAUUACUGCCCUUAAACGGUGUAAGACCAGGUUACGGGUACUUAAAAUGUAUAAACUUGGGGCUGUCAACAAUCCAGACUUUGCAGCAGUUUUGAUGGAGCUCAGCAAACUUAGAUGUCUGGAUGUUUCUGAUGAUGCUACUGUUACUCCACUUGCAGAACCAGAAGGGAAGGGCACCUUUGCAGAAAUACUUGCUAGAACUCCACCCUGUUUCCCACACAUAGAUUACCUGGAUAUCUCAGGCACAGAUGGGGUAUCGGAGGCACAGUUAAGUUGUUUCCUAGAAAAUCAUCCUAAUGUAAAAUUCAUUGGCCUAGCUUUGACUGAAUUGUGCUUCAUGACAAUGUUCACAGAGGAGAGCAGUACAGAUUUCAGGAAAAAUCUACAGGUAACUGGAGAUGCCACGGAACGUCAGAUUGUCGAAGCUCUCAAAAAGUACUCUGAUCGUGGUUUGUUUGUGCAGAAAUCUCUGUACAACCUGUUUAGCUUGACACAUGGUAUCUCACAGGCAAGAGCGGACCUCAUUGAUGUGAUCUUGCCAGGGAUGAAGAAUCACAGCAGAGAGUUGGGAGUGCAGAUGGCAGCCACAGCAUGUCUGUAUAACCUGACCAAGGCAGACUUUGGAGUGAAGACACACCCAAGCUGUCUGAGGAGGGUUGUGGAACUCACUUUGGAUGCCAUGGAAAACUUUCCUAAUCAUCAGCAGCUCCAGAAGAAUACAUUAUUGACUCUGUGCAGUGAUAGGAUAUUGCAGGAAGUGAUUUUUGAUCGAUUUCGAUGUGCCCGUCUAGUAAUGGAAUGUCUUUGUUCCUUUGAUGACCCUUCCAUGAGCAGGAUGGCUGUGGCAAUAUGCUCCAUCCUAGCUGCAAAGAUCCCAACUGAGCAGACAUCUCAGCUUGGCACUAAACUUCGGUACAUGCAAAAACUGCUGUCUAUUGUGAAGGAGAAAGCUGAGUCACAGGUGGUGGACAUCACCAUGAAGUUCAGCCUCAGUGCUCUUUGGAAUCUUACAGAUGAAUCUCCUGCCACUUGCAGUAUAUUUAUCAGUGAAGGUGGCCUGGAGUUGUUCAUGCAAGUGUUAGAGAGUUAUGUAUCAGCUGCAGAUGACAAAAGGAUUCAGAUUGAAACUAAAGUUCUUGGACUCCUGAACAAUAUUGCAGAGGUUCCAGAUCUUCGAGAACGCUUGCUGAAUGAUGAAUGCAUAGAGGCACACAGACGACUCCUUGCAUCCAAACACAUAGAUGUGAGUUACUUUGCUGCUGGUAUUGUCUCCCACCUGAUCAGUGUGGAACCUUUAUGGCUAGGGAGACAGGCACUCAGGAAGGAACUACUACUGGAAUUGGGUCAAGCUGUGGGGUGCUGGUCUCAACCAAACAAUGAAAUGGUGGCAUACAGGUCUUUCCACCCAUUCUUUCCCCUGCUACAAUGUGGCAGUCCUUCAGAAGUCCAGCUGUGGGCUGUUUGGGCUAUACACCAUGUCUGCUCCAAGAAUGCAAGUCGCUACUGCCCAAUGCUUAAGGAGGAGGGAGGAAGCAGUUUAAUCAGAGCAUUGUUGAGGUCUGCAGAUACUGACCAAAGAGUUGUGCUGAUUGCCAGGCAGAUAAUGGACUUGGCAAAGGAAAACUACUGAUGACUCGCUCUCUGUUGAGAUAGCUGCUUAAUAUGUUCACAGAUAUAUUUGUGUGGACACAGUCCCUAUUUAGAUGACAAAGGUAGGAUAGAAAGAUGGUUAAACUAGAGUUACUUGGGUCAUCUAAGGGAUAAUUUAUCUUACAUGGUUGGCCCAGUCACUCUUGUUUGAAGAAUUGAUCUGACAUUUAACCAGGAGUGCCAAAAUGGAAAAAUUCAUUGUUUGCUGUGUUUUAAGAGUAGACUUGCAACUGAAAGCAUAGGGAGUCCACUUUCAAAUGCAUGUAGGGUAUGUCAUGUGUAGAGUUGACAACCCCAGCCAACACAUUGCUGAAAAUGUAAAAGAGGACAUUUGCUUGACAGUUGUCUCACUAAUGGAAUAAUUGAGUACAGGAGGUUGACAUUGUAUGUUGUAAAUUUUUUUUGGCUUAUUUUGCGGUUGUGUACAAAACUUCUUCCAUUUAAUUACAAUAUGGUGCUAUGUCUAGAAACAGUUUUAUGGUGUAUAGUCAUUGAGCAAUAAAAGAUUGUUUUAAUGCCUUCCACCACUUUCGUCUGAGUGUGCGUACAGACCUAUGCCAAUUUUUAUUCAAGGCUUGCCUGUCUAACAGAUUUUGUUAAAUUCAAGGUGCACUUGAAACACUUACCUACACUGGAUAUGUACAUUUGUAUACUAUUGUGAUUGGUGUCUUUGUUAGAGGUCUACUAAACAUGCUUCUGCAGUUGCCUUGCUUUGUACAAGUCAUACUUUUUGUACCCACUUCUAGAUUGCAGCAUUAAAAGUUAAUAAGUAUUUUUUUAUCUAAUCCAUGCAUUAAAAAGGAGCAUUACUGAUUAGUGCAAACUGAUCUGUUUGUUCAUUAGAAAUUGCAAGAAAUAUUUUAGCACUGCCAAAAUGAUAUAAACAAAGAAAAUCAACAUAAAAAAUAUCAGAGAUAAAACUUUUGAUGGCUGCUGCACUUAUUGGGAUCGUUUUUUCCAGAUAUAUCUAUUUUUUUCCCAGUCCAUUUAAGAUUUGCACAAAUACAAAAGUAUUUAAGGAUCACUUUGACAUGGUCUCUGUUAUGAUCCUUCUGUAUAUUUUGGUUUGGCCAGUAGCAGUUAUAAAGCCAACAAGUGUGCAAUCAACUUAAGAUUAAGUUGUUAAUUUAUCAAGGUAAUUUGUUAUUUAAACUGAAUUGUCGAUAUUCACAGAUAUAUGAAGAAGUGAUUGUCAUUUAAAUGCCUAUAAGCACAAGAAAUACAGUGCUCAUUGAGUUAUUGAGAACUGCUCUUCCAAUUGUGAUGUAAUUUUUGUUCCAAGUAGAGCUUUGCUUGAAACAUGGGGGAGUAUGUCCCUAUGAAGAUGAUAGAGUAAAGUAAGGAGACUUCUUACCUUAGUUUAUUCACUUGUUAAAGGCAAAUGACUUGCUUUUGAUAUGGCUUCUUCAUAUUUGAAUUCAGUUUGUGAUGUUUUAUUCUUAUAAUAGUCUUUUUAUC